AUGCCUUGUUCUUUGGAAGUUAUACCGUCUUCUGACAGCCUGAAUAUGUACGGCCCUCCAGAUGCAUCAACGUCAUUUUCGCUCUCGGGUCGCAUCACAAUCACGAUCAAUCCAAGUUCCUGGCCUCUGUCACGUCGUUCGCCAACCCGACAUAUUCUGAAAUCGCUCAUAGUCACUUUUGAAGGUCGGCAAGAAUCAAUUACUCCAGAAACGGGGUACGGAGCUGUGCGACUCUGCUUAGUAACGCGUGAACUUGUCUCUGGAGCACCUCUUCAGCUUUCCAACGCAACACAGGGCGGGGAGAAGACGUGCAUAUGGCACUUCGUAUUUGACUUACAGAUACCUGGGUGGCUGCCUGAAACCUCUUCAUGGGGAAGCCCGUCGCCUUUCCAUGGCGAUGCGGGAACUCGUUACGCACUCUACGCAAGCGCAUCUUUUUUCGACGGGGAGGAAUGUAGCAGCGCACCUACGGCGGGCCCGUCAUCAUGGAUGACUGCAAUCACGAGCUGCAUGACGUUGCCUUUUGGUGGCGGGCAAACCAACAUUGUAGAGGCACCUCAAUGCCCGAUCGUGGUAGCACGCUACGUGGAUCCGCCCCGCAUGGAGGACAGCUGUGCGGCGUUUCCCAUGUCAGCAUUUGUCGUCGAUGCUCAGCGGGCAAGCAUGGAGAGCCCCCGGCAUGGGAUUCCCCCUGUAGUGUUAAGCAAAGUGAGGGUCGGUGCGCUGGUGCCAAGCCCUGUGUCGUUCGAAGGCGGAUCUUUUCCCAUCGAGUUGCGCGUAAGAGCGACUGACCUCGAGGACGGAUUCCGCGCGCGACUGCAACUUACUGAGGUGAAUGUAGACAUUGAGCAAACGGAGUUCUUUAGAAAUACUAUGCCGCGUAAUGAGAUUGAGGCUGCUAAAUGGCCUGUCCCACCAUGUUCAUACCAACCACCUUAUCUUCCAUUGCGGCAGACACAUUCGCUGGCCUCCUUUUUUGACGCUGGUCUUGUCAUUACCCCUGCGCACUUUCGGUCUACAGUCACAAGAACGUUCUCUCUCCUGCCUUUGGAUCAGUCCGGAUUGUUCAAUGUUGGGGGCAAUACACAUGUUUUCGUUCGGCAUCCCUCUUCGCUACCAGAAUCCGAUCCCGAGGACUGGUAUGUGCUCGACAUGCAUAUUCCCAUUCUACAAGAGCCAUAUCAAAGCGAUUGGGCCGGCUUACGCGGGGCUCGUCCCAGCGAAGACACACCACUCUUUACAGUCCAGCACCUAUUACAUCUUGCCCUUCGCGUUCAGUAUACAGACUCAUAUGGUAUUGUCGCCGCAGAACGUCUGCAAUUCUCUGUGCCGCUCAACUUUGUGCGUGCCACGCCUUUACACAUAGACCCACGUAUCCAGACUUUGAUCCCGCCCUUGUUGCCCCCUGUCGUUGCACACGUGGGGGCAGGGCUGGAGCAGCUGGUGGGUGUGGGGAUGGGGAUGAACAAGGGUGCUGCGUACACAAAUAGGCUGCCUCCUUAUUCGCAACUGUUCCACCCGAAUGGAGAGGAGAAGAUAAACUGGUCUAUGCAGUUGCCGCUGUAUGAACCGCCAGCAUCCUCGCCUUCGACUACAUCAACCAUUGCUGGCCUUACUUGAAAUAUUAACAUCGUGGCAUCUCUACACGCCAACCUCGCGGUCUUUAAGCGUCUUUCACUGUCUUUUGCCUCGUCGCCUCCGUGAAUCCUUCAUCAGCAUCAGCAUGUUUCAUGACUACGUGCCUUCCCAUGCAUGCGUAGAGCAGUUUUCAUCUGUUUCCUUCGAUCAUAAACAUCAACUUACCUCCCACCACUUUGUACUGGGAUAUCUGUCGCUCUCUUCACUAAUAUCCCUCCCGCUCAUUCGAACUCACUUGCUGGUGUAUAUAAUACUC